ACUUUUGAUUGAACGCAACUCAAUUGUGUACCUUUUAAGGGUAUUCUUUGUAUACCUUCACCGAGAUCAACGACCACCUCUAUCUUGAUAUCAAAGCAUCUCAAUCGCUAGUCUUCUCAUUCCUUGAGAUAAAACCGUACCAAUGGACGGCCAAAAAACUCCCUUCGUGAGGGAGCUCGGUUCGAGUGACCGGAAAGUCCGCGACAAGGCUCUCGACUCUUUAACCAAAUUCGUGCAGUCUCGCACCGAUCUGACCCUCAUUGAUCUCCUCAAACUGUGGAAGGGCCUGUUCUACUGCUUCUACCACUCCGACCGACCCCUCACACAACAAGCCCUCGCCCGCGCACUCUCCUACUCUCUCGUCCCCUCCCUCCCCCAAGCAACUCUCCACCGCUUCCUGCGCGCCUUCUGGAUCACCAUCGGCCGGGACUACCACUCACUAGACCGCAUCAGACUGGACAAGUAUCUGAUGCUGAUCCGUUUCUACGUUGGCGUGGCAUUUGAAGUUCUCUUGAAGAACAAGACCUCAACAAAGAACGCAGACGGGAAAAAGCGCAAGCGCGAAGACGCAGCCAAGCAGGGUCGCGGCAAGAAGCAGAAGAAGCAGGCUGAGGCCGAGACCGUCGAAGACGAGGAGGAGAAGGACAGUGCCGAAGACGCUGAGGCUAAAUUCCCCGAUCUUGCGGCUUAUAUCUCCAUUAUCGAGGAGGGUCCUUUGUGUCCGCUGAACUAUGAUGAGGAUCAGGCUCCGGAUGAGGGAGACCCAAAUUACGUGCCUAUGCCGCACGGCCCCGACGGGCUGCGUUACCAUCUUAUUGACAUCUGGGUUGAUGAGUUGGAGAAGGUUCUGGAGUUUGAGGAGGUGGCUGGUGAUGAGGAUGAGGAGACCCCCAAGCGGAAGAUCAAGGGCAAUGUGCCCAUUGAGCUUAUUCUGAGACCGCUGGAGAAGCUCCGUGCCGAGAGUGCUUACAAGCCUGUUCGGACGAGGGCGGCUGAGGCCUUGGAAGAUGAGCGGUUGUUCGAGUGGGGCGUUCGGACAAGAAAGUCUGAGGAGGACGAUGACAGUGAGGAGGAAUGGGGUGGCUUCGCAUGA